GGAGGAGGAGGAAGAAGUUGAGAGGAGAGAAAGGUGCCGCCGGGUUCUUCUCUGCGGCUUGACCCGGUCUUCCGGCCACCACAAAUAGCAUGGAGGUCAAAAACCGGCCCAAGAUUUGCAGCUGGCCAUGCAACAAAUGCAGAAGCCCUGAUUUCUCGGUCCCAUUACAAUUACAUCCGUAUAUCUUCCUCCUCUUCCUCCUCCUCCCUUUCCUCCACCUUCCCGAGCGCCCCCCUUCCGGGACCGGAAAGGCCGUGAGGGAGGAGACACUUCGACUCGCCAACCAAUCCUUCACCUCCUCCAUGGCGUAGUGGGAGAUCGAACAAGAAGCGGCUGAGAUGACCAUGAUCCCAAUGAGCAUGGAUCGUCGGUUCGUCUUCCUCCUCCUCUUCAUGGCCUUGGCGGCGUCGGCCUCCGCCCAACAACAGACGUCCGCCGUCUCCUUCACCCCCUCAGACAACUUCCUGAUCGACUGCGGCGGAGCCUCCGCUAUCACUAUGCCCGACGGCCGCCUGUUCAAGACCGACGCCCAGUCGUCUCCUUUCCUGUCCGCCACCGACGAUGUCCACGUCUCGGUCACCGCCGUGCCCGGCGUCCCUUCCCCGCUCUACCUGUCCGCCAGGAUCUUCCACGACGACACCGCCUACAGCUUCACCCUCGCCCACCCCGGCUGGCACUGGAUUCGCCUUCAUUUCUUCCCCGUCAACAACACCGACUUCGACCUCACCGGCGCCGUCUUCUCUGUCUCCACCGAUGACCUCGUCCUCCUCCACAGCUUCACCGUCAACGACCCCUCCAAGUGGGUGCUGAAGGAGUACCUCGUCAACGCCACCUCCCCGCACCUCACCAUCCACUUCUCCCCUCUCCGCAAAUCCGUCGCCUUCAUCAACGGUAUCGAGGUCGUCUCCGCCCCCGACGCGCUGAUCCCUGACACGGCCUCCACUGUCUCGCCCGUCGGGGAGGCAGCCGGGCUCUCGCUGUACGCCUACCAGGUGGCUUACCGGGUCAAUGUCGGCGGACCGGCCAUCACCUCUGCCAACGACACGCUCGGGCGCGCUUGGGAGCAAGACGCGUCCUUCCUGAAGUCGCCGCCCACCGCCAAGAACGUGUCCGUGUCCCCUGGCAUCAUCAAGUAUCCGGAGGGAACCUCACCCCUGAUCGCGCCGAACUCGGUGUACGCCACCGCCGUCAAGAUGGCCGACGCCGGCGUGGAGGACGCCAACUUCAACGUCACCUGGUCCUUCGACGUCGACUCCACGUUCGGCUACUUGGUUCGAUUACACUUCUGCGACAUCAUCAGCAAGGAGCUCAACAGCCUCUACUUCAACGUGUACAUCAACGGGAUGAUGGCCAUAUCAGGGCUCGACCUAUCCACCGUCACCUCCGGCCUCGCCAUGCCUUACUACAAAGACUUCGUGCUCAACGCCUCGGUGGCCACGGACCGAAUCACCGUCCAGAUCGGUCCCAUGAAGGAGGACACCGGUACCAUCGACGCGUUGCUCAACGGCGUGGAGAUUCUUAAGAUGAGCAGCUCGGUGGGGAGCUUGGACGGCGAGUUUGGAAUCGAUGGUUCGAGGGCCGACGGCGGUGGCAGCUCGAAGCGAGUUGUAGCCGCCGUCGGGUUCGCCAUGAUGUUUGGCGCCUUCGCCGGCCUCGGUGCGAUGGUGGUGAAGUGGUCCAAGAGACCCCACGACUGGGAGAGAAGGAACAGCUUCUCUUCGUGGCUCCUCCCGGUGCACACAGGUAACUCCACCUUCAUGACAAGCAAGGGGGGAUCGGCCUACGGUUCGAACAGGAGCGGCCACACCUUCUCCUCGACAAUGGGGUUCGGCCGGUACCUCUCCCUGUCCGAGCUGCAGGCAGCGACGAAGAACUUCGACGAGAAAGCUGUGAUCGGCGUGGGAGGCUUCGGGAACGUGUACCUUGGCGAGCUGGAGGACGGGACGAAGGUGGCGGUCAAGCGAGGAAACCCGCAGUCGGAGCAGGGCAUCAACGAGUUCCAGACGGAGAUCCAGAUGCUGUCCAAGCUCCGCCACCGCCACCUGGUGUCGCUGAUCGGCUACUGCGACGAGAACUCGGAGAUGAUCCUGGUGUACGAGUACAUGGCGAACGGGCCUUUCCGGGAUCACAUCUACGGCAACGACCUCCCUCCUCUGUCGUGGAAGCAGAGGCUAGAGAUCUGCAUCGGGGCCGCGCGCGGGCUGCACUACCUCCACACCGGCACCGCGCAGGGGAUCAUCCACCGCGACGUCAAGACCACCAACAUCCUCCUCGACGAGAACUUCGUGGCCAAGGUGUCGGACUUCGGCCUCUCCAAGGACGCGCCAGGGAUGAACCAGACGCACGUCAGCACCGCCGUGAAGGGCAGCUUCGGCUACCUCGACCCCGAGUACUUCAGGUGCCAGCAGCUGACGGAUAAGUCGGACGUGUACUCCUUCGGGGUGGUGCUGCUCGAGACCCUCUGCGCGCGGCCGGCCCUCAACCCGGCGCUGCCGCGGGAGCAAGUUAACCUGGCGGAAUGGGCGCUGCAGUGGAAGCGGAAAGGCCUGAUCGAGAAGAUCAUCGACCCUAACAUCGCCGGCACCAUCAACAAGGACUCCCUUAGCAAGUUCGUGGAGGCCGCGGAGAAGUGCUUGGCGGAGUACGGGGUGGACAGGCUGUCCAUGGGCGACGUGCUGUGGAACCUCGAGUACGCUCUCCAGCUGCAGGAGGCCAAUCCUCCCGACCCUCCGCCGAAGGCAACCGAGUCGGAGGGGAAGAGCGGCAGCAGUGCGGCCGCAGAAACUUCGCAGAAGGAGCACGACGGGGCUCAUCCGGUGGAGGAGGCAACCACUCCGGUCGUCAACCGAUCUCUGGACAACUCGAGCACGGAUAUGGCUGACGAGCUGCUUGCGCAGUUCGCGGGGAUGAAAGGAAGGUGAGCGACGGUUAACGACUAUAUGUGCCCCUGU